ACCCGGGAAACUUUAAAAACAAUAUCUGAGUGUGAGGAGUUCUCAUCUAUAAUCCUUUAAAAUGCCCGCCACCUCUGAAAUACACACUGAACAGAGGCAGUUGGAAGCCUCCCCCGUGACGGAGAAGAAGACGGUUGCCGAUAAGGAGAAUUUCGGCUUUUUGUGCGAUGAACGCGGUUACCUGAAUCUGUUGGAGUACAUCCUGGCGAAGGGUCGCAAGAAGGGGGAUCGAACCGGGACAGGAGUCCUGUCUGUGUUCGGAGCUCAAGUCCGAUACAGCCUGCGAGAUCAGUUCCCCUUGCUGACAACAAAGAGAGUUUUCUGGAAAGGCAUCCUGGAGGAGUUACUAUGGUUUAUUAAGGGAUCAACAAAUGCAAAGGAGCUAUCGGAGAAGGGAGUAAAGAUCUGGGAUGCCAACGGCUCCCGUGCCUUCCUAGACAGCCUGGGCUUCACAGAGAGAGAGGAGGGGGACCUCGGACCUGUGUAUGGGUUCCAGUGGAGGCACUUUGGUGCAGAGUACAAAAACAUGCACACAGAUUACUCAGGGCAAGGUGUGGAUCAGCUGCAGAAUAUCAUCGACACCAUUAAGAAAAACCCAGAGGAUCGGCGGAUCAUCAUGUGUGCAUGGAACCCCAAAGACCUACCUCUUAUGGCUCUGCCCCCCUGCCACGCCCUCUGCCAGUUCUAUGUCUGUGAUGGAGAGCUGUCAUGUCAGCUGUACCAGCGCUCGGCCGACAUGGGUCUAGGGGUGCCUUUCAACAUCGCCAGCUAUGCCCUUCUCACCUACAUGAUCGCACAUAUUACAGGACUUAAGCCAGGUGACUUUGUCCACACUCUGGGAGACGCUCACAUCUACGUCAACCAUGUCAAACCUCUAGAAGAGCAGCUGCAGAGGGAGAUUCGUCCAUUUCCGAAGCUAAAAAUCAAGAGAAAGGUAGAGAGCAUCGAUGACUUCCAGGCGGAGGACUUUGAGAUCUGUGACUACAACCCGCACCCCACCAUAAAGAUGCAGAUGGCUGUGUGAAACCAAAUCCUUGAAACAUUAAGGGCGAUCAUUUUCCCAGCUUAACUGUGUGCCUUUUAAAACUUGACAAGAUGGGUUUUAUUCAAGACUUUGUUUUGCAUUUUUGGUUACAAACUGUUUCACUUUAUUCAGAAAACGUUUCCUUAUGUUAACGCU